AUGGAAUAAAAAUAAUGUAAUGUUGAUUAUAAGUUUAGAUGAAACAUGUAUCUAGUUUGAUAAAUAAAAGACACUUAAUUUUAUUAUGGUGAUAAUGAUUAUGAUUGUUUAAUAAUUAUCAGAUUAUAAUUAUGAAUAUAAUAAAAAUGACAAUUCUUGCCUUAAUGAUAACAAUUCUAGCAUUAUGCUGCAGUCUAAUAACAAUAAUUUUAGAGUUAGAUGAUGAUAGUAGUAGAUUUACAAACUACUUUAUAUUAUGUUGUGUAGUAAUUUAAUAUGAUGCAUGUAGUCAGGAGUGUUUAUUUGUUUAAUUGUCAUCGAAGGUUACCUUUAUUAAUUUAAACCAAAUAGUAGGCAUGUUUAAUUUCCUCGAAUGAUGUUAAUAUAUUUACUAUUUAACAAGUCUUUUAAUUCUAGCUGUUUUAGUUAUAUUAUAUUUAGCCAUAACUCAAAUUUCUCAUGCUUUAUUAGAUGAUAAUGGUAUACAUUAAGAAUAUAUAAUAGGCAAUGGAAAAGUACCAAUUAUUGAUCCUCAUGAUUCUGGUUGGUAUAGAUUAAAAAACAUUUCUCGAAUUAUUGAAUAUUCUACCUGCUCAAUUGUUGUUAUAAUACAAAUAUUAAUUGGGUAUAAAAAGAAAAAAAACUUAUAUAAAACAAAGGCUAUUGAAAGUCUUAUUGAGAAUGAUGUAAUCAUAAUUAAUUAAUAAAAAGCAAGUCUUGAUUACGUCAUUAGAACCCACAAUAUCAAAGAACAAUUAAAAUUAAGUUACUUAGAGUUAAAUGAAUUCUUAAAUGGUAAAUACUUUAGAAUCAAAAAAUACCGAAUAAAUAAAAGCUAUACAAAAACUAAAUAAUAAUAAUAAUAAUUCAUGA